AUGCAAGUGCCGGUUCUCGGCUGCACUUUCCUCACGCUGUCAGAUCGUGAGGAAAGUACUGCCGAGAACCGGCAGUUGUCAGAGCGGGGAUCGGCACCGAUCAUCAGGGCACUGAUCAUCAGUGCCCUGAUGAUCGGUGCCCAGCAAUGCCACCCGCAAGUUCCGCCCACCUGUGCCCAGCAAUCACCCACCUGUGCCCAGCAGUGCACCCACCUGUGCCACUCUGCAGUGUCACACACCUGUGCCACUCUGCUGUGUCACACACCUGUGCCCAGAAAUGCCACCUACCUGUGCCCAGCAGUGCCACCCACCUGUGCCCACCCACCUGUGCCCACCAGUGCC